UAUGUCAUUAUCUUUAUUAUCCUGUAACUGCAUGAUUUUAUAUUAUGAAUCAGAAAUUCUACCACGAGUGUGAUGUUCCAAUUGAAGUAAUACCCCCAAAGCCACAGACUCACAGCUAUUACGAAACAUUCAAACGUUCAUUCUUCUCAUGGAUACUGUUAUCGGAAGCGAAUCCAUUAUGUCUAAGAUAUUUUCGUAGCGAACGUUCGAUUCGAAAGGAAAAAAAACGCCAUUAUUACUCUCGAUAUUUCUUCAUAAUGCAUCCUAUUAGCAAACUAUCAGUAGUGCACGAUAUAUUUAUGUUAUUCCUGUACAUGAUUGCUAUUGGAGUGAAAACAAUGGACGCAGCAUACAUACGUUAUCAAAAAAUUCAAGAAAAUGAAUAUGCGCAACUUAUAACUAUGAUCACUGUUGUAGAUUUUUUUUCAUGGUUCAAUAUAUUUCUAAUGUGCUUUCGAGGAUAUUCCGACGAAGUAGUAUCAUCAGUACCCAUAUACAUAAUAUGCAAUGGUUCGUGCGUUACAAUAGUUUGGAACGUAUAUAACGUAUCGGCAUUGAUCAAGAGCCUACUGGUAGUUAAAGUCAUAGGAUUAAUAGGAAGAUUGUUUGAAUAUCUCCGAAUAGAAUCAUACUUAUGUGUCCUGUUAGUAAGGUUUGUGUAUAUCAUUUUUUGGUUUACGCACAUAAUGGCGUGCUUAUCCUUUGCCUUACCCUAUUACCAAAAGUCAUUAUUUGGAUCCUGGCCUAGGGACACAUGGGUCCUGAACAACGACCUUUUUAAUAAAUCGCUGCGCCGUCAAUAUUUCACGUCAUUUUUCAGGGCCUCUGCCCAAAUAACCGGUAUCGAAAUAACAUCCUCUAAGGGAUCAUAUGAUACGAGUAUACUAAACUUAAUAUGUUACACUCUUGGAAGAUUACUACACUUUGUAUUCUGGGUGGCUAUUCUGCACGCUUUUAUGACACGAAAUAUGCAGGAAGUGAAAUAUCAACAGAUAAUUUCACAGUUAAAAAAUUGGAUGAAAAACAAGGAGCUGCCUGAUAAUUUACAAAAGCAAAUGGUAGAUUAUUACGAUUUCUACUAUCGCAAGCGUUAUUUCCAUCAAAGUAGUAUUGGCAGAUUACUAUCAGCAAGUCUGGAGUUAAAAAUUAGAAACAACAAGUUACGAGUACUUAAGGAAACUAACGUUACAAUUUUCGGUAAACUGAGUGACGAGGCCAUGACAAAAGUAUUAGAAAAUUUUGAAAUGGAAGUGUACUGUCCCAACGAUGUGAUCGUAUCAUGUGGAAGCCACGGACGUUUCUUGUUUCUGCUUGCUUCAGGUACUGUAGCCCUCUAUACGUACUCAGGUAGAGAAGUUUGCCACUUGCAUGACGGUGCCUAUUUCGGUGAAUUGUCCCUUUUAUUAAAAGAUACUCAAGCAACAGCAACCAUAAUAGCCAUAGAAACUUCCAAGAUUUACAAGUUGCGCAAGGAGCACUUUGAGAAAUUUAUUUUGUCAAAUAAGGAUGUGUAUCAUGUGUUUUUGGACGAAGCCGAGUUACGUUUACAUCAAAUUUUGGCGGCAGAAGAGGACUACCGACGCAUGAUGUUUUCAAAAAUGUACAGCCAACAAAAUUUAUAUACAUAACGUAUAUGACACUGAAGUCGUUCCAGAACACUAAACAUUACUUUAUAUAUAAGUUUUUAUGUUGAUUAUAGAUUUUACUAUAAUAAACUGCUUGUUUGAAUUAGA